UCCUCACCGCGUAGCCACUACGCAGGGAGAGUGGGAGAGAGGGAGCGACAGAGAGAGAGAGAGAGAGAGAGCGUGAGAGAAGUGAGAGAGAAAGAGAAGCCAUUACGGAGAUUCCACACAGAGAAUCGUCCGACGGCAGAGAAAGCAUCCCAGCUUUGCAUGUCGGUCGACGGAACGCCUCGCCAAAACCACUCGAGGGGAGAAUCUGAGCAGGAAAGGCUGAUCACGAAAAUCCAAACGUGAUAGACAUAAAACCGGGUAUGGAGAGCCUGCUAGAUAACCCAAUGAAAGCCGUGCUGUAUCUGAAGGAACUCACCACCAUCGUGCAGAACCAGCAGAGCCUGAUCCAGACGCAGCGCCAGCGCAUCGACGAGCUCGAGCGGAAGGUGGAGGACCUGAUUGGGGAAAACCGCCAUCUGCGGGACCCCCAUCAGUCCUAUCACCACCCCCACCACCACCACCCGUCUCCCCGCAGUACAAGCCCUCAGCCACCCGUCCACCUGCACCAGCAUCCAGGGGGAAACAAAGCCGGGGUUCAUCCUAGCCAGCAACCGCAGCAGGUCGCCUCUCUGUCGGCACAGCCUCCGCAGCAUCCUCCCCCUCCGACGCCUCCAGUUCACCAUCCGCAGCAACUGCAGUUGGUGCCCACCUCCCCGCCGUCUCCAAAAGCGGGCCAGAGCAGCCCCGACUCAGCCGAGGAGGACAAGAAAAGCCCGGCGUGCUGCAAGUCCCUGGUCCCGCAAACACCUACGACUCUGUGCCGCUCCGUUGGACUUGCCAGGAAAGCAGAGAACCAGACCGUGCUGCACCAGUUCUGCUGCCCGGCCCCAGAGGCCCCCGAGGGGGAGUCCUCGGCCUGUGUCCCCAGCGACGACCUUCCUCCAGACUCACCCUCGGGGGAGGAGGGAAAGAGAGAGGGAGAAGGGGAGCCCCAGCCUCAGGUCCAACCCCAGCAGCAUGAGCUCCAAGCCCAGCCCCAACCUGAACCCCAGACUCAGCCUAAACCCGAGGGCACGAGCGUGGGCGAAACACAGCAGGAGGUCACCCCCGCAGCCUCCUGCUCACCUAGCGGAGGGGAACUCGAGCAGGAGGAGCGAGAGCGAGGAGAUAAGGCGCAGGAGGAGGAGGAGAUAAAGCAGAAAGAGGUGGUGGAUUCGCAGCAGGAGCAGCAACAUGAGGGAGAGGCAGCAGUAGAGGCUGAUGUGGAGGAGGAGGAUGGGGCAGAGGCCCGGGGGGGAGCGGCGGGGAGGAGGGCCAGCCUGCACCACACAGCUUCCCCCAUGAGGGUGCAGCGCAACGGGGCCUGCUCGCACUCCGCCACCUCCGACUACGAGCUCUCGCUCGACCUCAAAAACAAGCAGAUCGAAAUGUUAGAGCACAAAUAUGGCGGCCACCUCAUCUCCCGCCGCGCUGCCACCAAGAUCCAGACCGCCUUCCGCCAGUACCAGCUCAGCAAGAACUUCGAGAAGAUCCGCAACUCCCUGCUGGAGAGUCGCCUGCCGCGGCGCAUCUCCAUGCGCAAGGUGCGCGUGCAGAACGCUGAGGGCUUCUCCGCCGAGCGGGCGCUGGCCGAAGGCUGCAGCCUGGCGGGUAUCCCCCUGGUGCGUUCGCCAUCACUGCCCGCCACAGUGGGCGGCACCCUGACCGACCUGGAGGACUCAUUCACAGAGCAGGUGCAGUCGCUGGCAAAGUCCAUCGACGACGCACUCAGCAACUGGAGCCUGAAGACCAUGUGCUCCCUCCAGGAAGGAGGGGCCUACCAGUUCAGUGCCGAGUCCUUCAGUGCGGCCGGGGGAGGAGGGGAAGUGGGAGGAGGAGGGUUGGACCAGGCUUUUCUCCAGAGCAUGUCAGGUGGGGAGAAUACAGGCGACCUGCCCCGCAGCGCCAGCAAGCUGCUGAUGGCCUUCCGCGACGUGACCGUUCAGAUCGACAAUCAGAACUUCCGCAUGUCCUCCUCCGUCAUGGAGUCAUCGGCCUCUGUCUCCAUGGGCAACUGCGUCCAUCAGCAGCAGGGGGGCGCAGCCACCACCCCCACCAUGCCCACCGCUCCCCCGCCCUCACCCCCUAAAAAACACUCCCCUCCUCCCCCUGAAGAGGUCCCCGCCGAACCCACAGACCCUCCUGUCCCUCCCCACGAGCCCCCUCCGCCCCCGGAACCAGUGGUAGAAGGAGAGGGGCAGGACGCCGACUUCCCUGCGCCCCCGCCCAGUGAAGAGGAGCUAGAGGAGGAGGAGGGCCAGCAACCCCCCUUGACCCCCCUGGACAAACUAGCCAACCCCCAGACCCCGGAGGUGGUUGUCCAGCCCGUCCAGCCACCUCAACCCCAGGAUGGUGCACCCUCGGUGGGAUCCCCAUCCACCCAGGCCCUGGAGGCCAAGCGGAGCGGCUCGGAGACGGCUGAAACCAGUUCCGAGCAGAUAAGCAGCAGCAACAGCACUUCCACGGAGGCACGCUCGGCAUCGGAGGCCUCAUCCAAGGAGGCCUUGCAGGCCAUGAUUCUCAGCCUGCCGCGCUACCACUGCGAGAACCCUGCCAGCUGCAAGUCGCCCACACUCUCCACCGACGUCAUGCGCAAGCGCCUCUACCGCAUUGGCCUCAACCUUUUCAAUGUUAACCCUGAUAAGGGUCUCCAGUUCCUGAUCUCACGAGGUUUCAUCCCGGACACGCCCAUAGGUGUGGCUCACUUCCUGCUUCAGAGGAAGGGCCUGAGCAGGCAGAUGAUUGGAGAGUUCCUGGGAAACAGCAAGAAGCCCUUCAACAGAGACGUCUUAGAUUGUGUGGUGGAUGAGAUGGAUUUCUCAGGGAUGGAGCUGGACGAGGCUCUGAGGAAGUUCCAGGCUCACAUCAGAGUCCAGGGAGAGGCCCAGAAGGUGGAGAGACUGAUCGAGGCCUUCAGUCAGCGGUACUGCAUGUGUAACCCGGACGUGGUGCAGCAGUUCCACAACCCCGACACCAUCUUCAUCCUGGCCUUCGCUAUCAUCCUCCUCAACACAGACAUGUACUCACCCAACAUCAAGCCUGACCGCAAGAUGAUGCUGGAGGACUUCAUACGCAACCUCCGAGGUGUGGAUGAUGGAGCUGACAUCCCCAGAGACAUGGUGGUGGGCAUCUAUGAGAGGAUCCAACAGAGAGAGCUGCGCUCCAAUGAAGACCACGUCACCUACGUCACCAAGGUGGAGCAGUCCAUUGUGGGCAUGAAGACAGUUCUGUCUGUUCCCCACAGAAGAUUGGUGUGCUGUAGCCGUCUGUUUGAGGUGACGGACGUCAACAAGGCCCAGAAACAGGCAGCCCACCAGAGAGAAGUCUUCCUCUUCAAUGACCUUAUCGUGAUCCUGAAGCUGUGUCCGAAGAAGAAGAGUUCAGCAGCCUACACCUUCUGUAAAGCCCUGGGCCUCCUGGGCAUGCACUUCACACUGUUUGAGAACGAGUACUACCCCCAUGGCAUCACCAUCAUCUCACCCUUUGGCUCAGACAAGAAGCAGGUGCUCAACUUUUGUGCCCAGAGCGCUGAGGAGCUGCUGAAGUUUCUAGAAGAUCUGAAGGAGUCCAUUGCUGAGGUGUCAGAGAUGGAACAGAUACGCAUUGAAUGGGAGUUGGAGAAACAACAGGGCUCGAAGGGAGUGUCAGCUAAGAACAAUGGCACUCUGGAGCUGCGCAGCAAACAGGGCUCCCCGUCAGGCAAGCAGGACCUGGAUGAGAACAGUGGACACAAUGCAGUGGAGGUGUCAAUUCACAACAGGCUUCAUACGUACCAGCUCAGCAGCAGCGGGAGCUUGCCCCGGAGCCCCGAGAGUGUUGGAGCCCUUCUUAACCACCGGGGGGAGCUCUUGCAGCAGCCGCAGCUUCAGUCAGCCGCCGGCACCCCCCUCCACCACCUGCAGCAGCUCCAGCCAAUCAGCAUGGGCGACCUUCGGCCCGACACACUCAUCCAGUGCCAGCAGAUUGUCAAGGUGAUCGUCCUGGACAACAGCGGCCAUGGCCGCGUGGAGGCCUUCCUCAGCCACACCCCCACCCACGCCCAUCAUCAUCACCAUGCCCACCACCACCAGGUCAUCCGAUCGGCCGCCUCCACUCCUGUGAGGUCGCCAGAGAGCAAGGACGGUCACCAGCCCCCCUUACCCCCUCCUCCUCCCCCCUACAACCACCCCCACCAGUACAUCCCCCCGGCGGACCCCCGCCUCAGCCUCCAGAGGACCCCAAGUGGCUCUCGAAGCCUGCUGUAAAUAAGAGACCAAUGAACCAAUGACCCCCCUCUCACCCAGCUGAACUCACCCCAACCUCACACCUCACUCCCAACCUCAGCCCAACCCCACCCACCCCGACCACGUCACUAACAGAACAUAUGUACAUGCUAUACAUACAGAGACAGAGCUAUAAAAAAGAUAACACAUCUAUAUGCAUAUAUUUAAGGAAAUAACGACAAAAGAUGAAUGGAGGUAAAGAUUUAAAAAGAGGUGUGGAGUAACGUCAUGAGAAGAAUCCAAGUGAAAAAGAAGACGAGUUUUACUUGAUUCCAUGUGUAUUUUGAAAUAUUAUGUCGUUUUAACAAAUUUCUAUAACAGUUUUGUCAGUUUUAACUCUUUAAAUAUAGAUAAUAUCAUUGGUUUCUUUAGUUUUCUGGAUGGAUCUUUAGUAGUUAACAAGGAAGAACGUAGUACAAAAUCCAGCACCAACCAACUAGAUUCAGAUGGAUUCCACAGACUAUGUGAAUGUCUUGGAGAUUCACUCCAAGAUUGAACUUAAUCUAAGAACGACUUUUGUUCACUUUUACCGUUCAUAUCCUAACCUCAUCUCUACUAUGUGUGUGUGUGCAUUUGAUUGACAAUGACUGAACAAUGUGUGUGCCAAAAUGACGGAAAUCUCCACCAAACGGACUACUUUGUACUCGGCCAGAAGAAAACUAGAAGAACUCAGAAUCUCCUCCACUCACCUCGAGGAGUACCCUACAUAUAAAAAUAAUUACAGCUAGCGAUAUUUAAGAGGAGUACCCUACAUAUAAAAAUAAUUACAGCUAGCGAUAUUUAAGAGGAGUACCCUACAUAUAAAAAUAAUUACAGCUAGCGAUAUUUAAGAGGAGUACCCUACAUAUAAAAAUAAUUACAGCUAGCCAUAUUUAAGAGGAGUACCCUACAUAUAAAAAUAAUUACAGCUAGCGAUAUUUAAGAGGAGUACCCUACAUAUAAAAAUAAUUACAGCUAGCCAUAUUUAAGAGGAGUACCCUACAUAUAAAAAUAAUUACAGCUAGCGAUAUUUAAGAGGAGUACCCUACAUAUAAAAAUAAUUACAGCUAGCGAUAUUUAAGAGGAGUACCCUACAUAUAAAAAUAAUUACAGCUAGCCAUAUUUAAGAGGAGUAUCCUACAUAUAAAAAUAAUUACAGCUAGCGAUAUUUAAGUGCAACCUGUCUCCUUGUUUGCAAUGUGGUGGAUGUAUUCAUUGAAAUGGGAGACUGCUGUCUCUCUCUCUCUCUCUCUCUCCCUCUCUAUCUCCCCUCUCUCUCUCUCUCUCUGUCUCUCUGUCUCUCUCUCUCCCUCUCUGUCUCUCUCUCGUCUUUCUCUCUCCCUGUCUGUCUCCCUCUCUGUCUCUCUCUCGUCUCUCUCUGUCUCUCUCUCUCUCUCUCUCUCUCUCUCUCUCUCUCUCUCUCUCUCAUCUGAGGAGGUGUGUUAUUUGUCACUCUCUGUGGUGUUGUUUUUCUUUCUUUUCUAUUAUCAGGAAACACACUUCCACUGUCAUCCUCCACAGAUCCCCCGUUCAGUUACUGUAGCUAAGGAUGAAGGCAAGGCAACCAAUCAGAAGGCUUACUGCCAAACCAAAAGCCAAUAACAGCCCAGGAAAUAAGCUCUUUAUUUGCUGUCGUCAUUGUUAUAUUCAGCUCAGGAAUUCUUGACGUAAAUGUUCUGGAAUGUUCUGGAAUGGUUUAGAUUGCACAUUUAUUGUAUGCAUGUGCUGUUAUGCUGAGAGCAUAACUAGGACCAGGAAUAACUCCAGGCCCUAAUCACAGCCAAUAAGACUGGUAAUUCCCACUAUUCGCCCUUUGCCAGUCUGCAGAUCUGUCUGCCAAUACAAUCCAACCAAAAUGAUUUCCCAGUGUAUUUUGGAGUGCAACACACUCAUUAUGUUAAACAUAUACACUGGAUAAACAUGACUCUUGUAAUUUCUCAAUGCUGCUUCUUCUGUGUAUCAAGAUAGCCUUUUUAUUUGACUUUUUAAAAGCUUAGUACUCCAAUAUUCACAUCACUCAUAACAGCACUCAAGUGUUUUGUCUGUUAUUUGCUCAUCUGUAUUGAAGGGGACAAGCAUAAUCUUAAUCUCUCGCUUUUCGCUCAGCUUUGUUUGUUAAAUAUCAAAUUGGGUUGUCGGAGAGGACAACUGAGUUAUCUCCAUCCAUGUAAAUGCUAAGGUCAACAAAAUGUAAUUUAUCUGAAAUAGUUCAUCGACUGCUCUGGUCUGAAUGUGCCCAUGUUUAAAACAUGAGCUACAUCAGGCGGUGUGGAAUAUGUAUUCGGCUGGCCCUCCUGGCCUCCUCUCAUCCCUGCCCCUAGUUCAGAUAAUUACCAACCUGCUGUGUGGAGGUCUCCAUCUCAUCUCCAAUCUCAGUCUACUUCAUCUGUGAGGAGCGAGCUCCUGGAAAAACAAUCUAUUGCACCACGCUGCUGUGGGGGCUGAGAGGUUGACUGUGUGUGUGUGUGUGUGUGUGUGUGUGGAGAUUGUCCCAUGCCCACCGCAGCAUCGUGACUCCUGCUCACCAAGAGGAGAUCUCACAUAAAUCUCUUCAGCUGAGAUCCUUCCCCUUUUUGUCUCUUUAUUUAAUGUGUCAGUUUCAAUAGACACAAGGCUCUGUUAUAUUAACUGCUGAAGGGUGUUUAAAACAGGGUUACAUAUUUCAAAUACUUCACUGUGUUAGUGUCCCAAAUAGCGCACUGUUCCCUACAUAGUCCCCUACUUUUGACCUAUAGGCCCUGGUCAAAAUUAGUGCACUAGAAAAGGAAUAGGGUGCCAUUUGGGAAGCACACUGUCUCUUUAGGGUUUAACAGCCUAUGGCAAACCAGAGAGCUGUGUCUGUAUCCAUUUCACACUCUAAGAACAAGGUGAUCUGUUUCCUGUUCCUUUCGUCGUUGUCAGUUCAACAUGUGGAGUGAAUGUGAUUCUUCAACCAGGCAUGACAUUGGUUUUGUAUGUAUAGGAGGCCUAUUGAUACUGUGAUACAUGCUUUCCCUUCAAAGUCAAGUUUGUUGUGCAUGACUGAAGUUGACAGAGUGCAGCACAGGGGAUAAAUAUGUCAUUAUUCUGUCCAUUCACCCACAAUGCAUCAGAAUGUGAGAAGCCUAUCAUUGUCUUUGUUGGCAAAAAUGUGACCUUUCUCCCAGGAAUGGAGUCUCAAGCAGCAAAAAUGAGGCUUAGUGGAAUUGAUUGAAUGCUACUGUAAGUUAGUUCAAAUGACUAACCUUUUUCUUUGGAUAUAGACGAAAGGGCUCUGUGAUGCUAAAAAUGCACUGCUGUCGUUUCGGGUGACGCGUGAAACUCUUCCCUUCUGGGGGUUUUCUGUCACCUAUGUUGUUCUAUUGUCACACAGUGAGGAAGGGGACGUUUUAGGAGGACGGACUUGUUGAAUUUGGGCAUAGGUUUUAACCAUCACCUCCCUCGGUUGGCUUUGAAUCCCUCUUUACCUGACUUCUGUUCUGCAGUAUAUCAACAUGCUAUUAAAGAUGGUUUCAGUCUAUUCA